CCGCCCAGGUCAGCGCACACAGUCCCAGCAACGUGUAUCUGUAACCCAGCGAGGGUCUCAGCGGGAGGGUGGCAGGGCCAAUCCCCCGCCCCGGGGGGACGCGCCCUUCCAGGGUCGCCACUGGGCAGACGCGCUCCAGGUGGCCUGGGCGGCAGGCGCGGCCGAGCGGCAGGCGGGCUGACUCAGCUGCGCAACAAUGCUGCCGAACCGGGACGGCCUGCCCCGCCGCCCCCGCCGUUGAGCUCGGGCCGCCCCCGCCGGCCGCGGAUCCCCGCCCCCGGGGCUCGGGAGGAAGCAGCCGGGCGCGGCGCCGAGCACCUGGGCGGCCCGGGCAGGCGCGGCUUCCGGGGCUGCGCGCUCGCCCGCGGAGCCCAGCCGCGCUCCCGCCUCCAGGUGCGGCGCGGGGUCCGCCCGCUCGCCGCCGGGGACAGCGCCCCACGGGGACGAGCCGGCGCUGCGCUGCCGGGGCUCGCGGGCCGCGCGCGAGCGAGGCGAGUCCCCGGGGUGCGCUGGCCGCGGUCCGGUCCCGGGUGCGAGAACGCAGCGCUUCGGGACGCGUGGAGUGCUCGGGCGGCUCUGGAUUGUGUCGCUCGGAUUGCGCGUCCCGCGAGUGGGCGUCGGAAGAGAAACCAAAGGCGGUUUGAGCACAUGAACAGAAAAUAACAUUCUAAAGACUUUGUCAGAAGUGAUAGGGAGGAAAAAAACCCAUAAGAAGUACUUCCUUGUGUGUGUGUCUCAUGGUGCAGCUUUUAACACUCACAUAGUAAUGAAGCCACCAUUAUGUCCUCAGUCAGCGAAGUAAAUGCGGACAUCAGAGAUUUCCUGAUGAGCAUCAAUUUGGAGCAGUACCUCUUACAUUUCCGUGAAUUCGGUUUUUAUACCGUGAGGGACUGCACGUCGAUAAAUGACAGCGUACUCCAUCAGAUUGGAAUAUCACCUACUGGACACCGUAGGAGGAUACUGAAACAGUUACAAAUGAUCUUUUCAAAAAUGCAAGACUUCCCCAUAUAUGCAAAUGUGCAUAAGGCAAAGAACGGCAGCACCACAAAAGAGCAACAACACAGUGAUCCAUCUUCCAGCACCCACACCGGCAUAGAGUGUUCCGAUUCCAUUACUGUCCAUAGACCUGGCCCGGCACCAUCAGAGAUGGUUACAACCAGUACCCUUAGUGAAGGAAACUGUCAGUCUCCGAAAUCACAUGAUAAGCUAUGUCUUUCUUCACAUGACCUGCUCUGUCCAGAAGAAGAACUACACCAGAACGUGGAUUCUUCGAAAGAUUCUUUAUUUGGUGGUGUAAAUGUCAAAAUAGAUCCUUUGAUUACCAAGAGGGCUGUGGAGUACACAGCUGGAGAAGAACACACAGAAAAAGGCAAUUUGACCUCAGAAGAUUCCAGCAAGGCACUUAGUACAAACACUGAAUGUCUUCCCUCUGGGGACUGUCCAACAUCAGGCACACAUUCUGGAAACGGGACGAAUGGCGUAUUAGAAAGCUUCCCGCCAACCCCGUUCUUUCAGUUUCAGGGCGAGAUGGUUGUGAAUGAACUGUACGUUCCGUCCUCACCAGUCCACGGCCCCAUGAGAAGCCGGAGCAAGUUGGUUUCCAGACCUUCUCGAUCAUUUCUACUGAGACAUCGCCCUGUACCAGAGAUCCCAGGGUCUACAAAAUCAAUUCCAGGGAGCUAUUUCCGUGACAGAAGAAGUAAUACUACCUCAGCUGGAAAGUCUUUGACACUGAAAAAUUCAAAUGAGGAUAAUUCAACUUCCAUCUUUCCUUACGGAGAGACAUUUCUCUUCCAGAGACUAGAAAGUUCCAAGAAGCGAUCUAUAAAGAAUGAGUUUUGGCCGCAUGAGAACACAGUUAAAGAGGAAGCAGCCACUACAAGAAACUCUAUCCUAACCCAGUCAAGCAUAUAUGAUAACAGGAAGGAAAAAGUGAGUGAAGACAAAGUCGAAGACAUUUGGAUACCCCGCGAGGAUAAAAAUAACCUUGCACAGGAUUCGGCUUCUGAGUCAGAAUACUCCACAGUAGAGGAAUGCUUCCAGAGUUUAAGAAGAAAAAAUUCUAAAGCGUCCAAGUCUAGGACUCAAAAAGCCUUCUACUUGGACCCCUUCAAUAGGCACAGUUAUCCUUUAAGCUCCACGAGUGGAAAUACUGAACCGUCAUCAACCAUCUCAAAUGCCAUCUCUCCCUAUGCCUGCUUCUAUGGAUCUUCAGCAGCCAAGGAGAAAUGUGGAUGGCUGGACAAACUCUCUCCUCAAGGAAAACGCAUGUUUCAGAAGAGAUGGGUGAAAUUUGAUGGCCUUAGCAUUUCUUACUACAAUAAUGACAGAGAGAUGUACUCAAAAGGAAUAAUUCCCCUCACGGCGAUAUCCACAGUCCGGGCUCAAGGAGACAACAAAUUUGAAAUUGUUACAACACAAAGGACUUUUGUUUUUAGAGUAGAAAAAGAAGAAGAGAGAAAUGAUUGGAUUAGCAUAUUAUUAAGUGCACUGAAGUCACCAUCACUUGCAUCACAGUUGCAAGCAGCUGUAGCCCCUGAGAAAUGUGGAUAUCUUGAAUUGAGAGGGUAUAAAGCCAAAAUUUUUACCGUGUUAAGGGGCAACAGUGUGUGGCUUUGCAAAAAUGAACAGGAUUUUAAGAGUGGACUCGGUAUUACCAUAAUUCCCAUGAAUGUUGCAAAUGUGAAGCAAGUAGAUCGAGCUGUGAAACAGUCUUUUGAGAUAAUUACUCCCUACCGGAGUUUCAGCUUCACAGCAGAUUCGGAGAGAGAGAAACAGGAGUGGAUUGAAGCUGUGCAGCAGUCAAUAGCAGAGACUCUCUCUGAUUAUGAAGUGGCGGAGAAGAUUUGGUUUAAUGAGUCCAACAGGAGCUGUGCAGAUUGUAAAGCCCCAGAUCCUGACUGGGCAUCCAUCAAUCUCUGUGUCGUCAUCUGUAAGAAGUGUGCAGGACAACAUAGAUCGUUGGGACCAAAAGACUCUAAAGUUAGAAGUCUGAAAAUGGAUGCCAGUAUUUGGAGCAAUGAGCUCAUUGAGCUAUUUAUUGUCAUUGGAAACAAGAGAGCAAAUGACUUUUGGGCUGGAAACCUUCAAAAAGACGAAGAAUUACAGGUGGAUUCCCCAGUGGAAAAGAGAAAAAACUUUAUUACCCAGAAAUACAAAGAAGGAAAAUUUAGAAAGACUCUCUUAGCAUCUCUGACUAAAGAAGAGUUAAAUAAGGCUCUGUGUGCUGCAGUUGUGAAGCCAGAUGUGCUGGAAACAAUGGCCCUGCUGUUCAGUGGAGCAGAUGUCAUGUGUGCGACAGGAGACCCCGUGCACAGUACCCCCUACCUGCUGGCCAAGAAGGCUGGGCAGAGUCUGCAGAUGGAAUUUCUCUACCAUAACAAGUUCUCAGAUUUUCCUCAGUACGAUGCUCAUUUUGAGGGAGGGUCAAGUCAGGAUGCUGCCCAAUCCUCCUUCCUCUGCGACUUCUUAUACCAGACUGCUGCCGCUGCCUCUCGGGUCUCCUCGGAGAAGAAGCUUCUUGAAGACACAAAUAAAAAAUGGUGUGUUUUGGAAGGCGGCUUCUUGAGUUACUAUGAAAACGACAGGUGCACCACACCUAAUGGUACCAUUAAUAUCAGUGAAGUUAUCUGCCUGGCUGUCCAUAAGGAGGACUUCUAUCUGAAUACUGGGCCCAUCUUUGUCUUUGAAAUCUACUUACCAUCAGAACGUGUCUUUUUGUUUGGAGCUGAAACAUCUCAGAUUCAAAGAAAAUGGACAGAGACAAUAGCCAAGCGUUUUGUUCCCUUUGUUGCUGAAAACUUAACAGAAGCUGACUAUGAUCUGAUUGGUCAACUCUUCUACAAAGACUGCCAUGCCCUGGACCAGUGGAGAAAAGGCUGGUUUGCUAUGGACAAGUCUAGCUUGUGUUUUUGCCUUCAAACGCAAGAAGCUCAGGAAGAGAGGAUGAACCUAAGAAGACUGCAGGAGCUAACAAUCAGCACAAUGGUUCAAAAUGGAGAAAAAGUAGAUGUGUUACUCUUGGUAGAAAAGGGGAGAACACUGUACAUCCAUGGGCACACCAAGUUGGAUUUCACAGUCUGGCAUACUGCAAUUGAAAAAGCAGCAGGUACAGAUGGUAACGCAUUACAAGAUCAGCAGCUCUGCAAGAAUGACGUCCCCAUUAUUGUGAACAGCUGCAUAGCAUUUGUUACACAGUAUGGGUUAGGAUGCAAAUACAUUUAUCAAAAGGAUGGUGAUCCUUUGCACAUAAGUGAACUCCUGGAGAGUUUCAAGAAGGAUGCCAGGAGUGUUAAGUUGCGAGCUGGGAAACAUCAACUUGAAGAUGUGACAGGCGUGCUGAAGAGUUUUCUGUCGGACAUUGAUGACGCUCUCCUCACGAAGGAGCUCUAUCCAUACUGGGUCUCUGCAUUAGAUACACAAGAUGAAAAGGAGAGAACUAGCAAGUACAGAGCCUUUAUACGCUCUCUUCCUGGGGUCAACAGAGCAACACUUGCGGCUCUAAUUGAACACCUUUACAGGGUUCAGAAAUGCUCAGAAAUCAAUCACAUGAAUGCCCAUAACUUGGCAAUGGUCUUUUCAUCCUGCUUAUUUCAAACUAAGGGACAAACUAGUGAAGAAGUCAAUGUAAUUGAAGAUCUAAUUAAUAAUUACGUGGAGAUAUUUGAGGUGUCCCAGGCUGGAGACUUGUUAAUUGAAGUGUUUGUGGAAAGAAAGGAGCCAGACUGUAGUAUUAUAAUCCGGAUAUCUCCUGUGAUGGAAGCUGAAGAGUUAACGAAUGAUAUAUUAGCGAUAAAAAAUAUCAUUCCUAUGAAAGGGGAUAUUUGGGCCACCUUUGAAGUCAUUGAAAAUGAAGAGCUAGAACGUCCACUUCACUACACAGAGAAUGUGUUGGAGCAGGUGCUUCAGUGGAGUUCAUUAGCUGAGCCUGGUUCUGCGUAUCUUGUGGUGAAGAGAUUCUUAACCAUUGACAGCAUUAAACAGUGCAGAGAGAAAAGUAUCAAAGAAGGCAUCUUAAAACUCAAAGAAGAACCAUCUAAAAUACUGUCUGGGAAUAAAUUUCAAGAUCGAUGUGUUGUUUUACGAGAUGGGCAUCUCUUUAUUUACAAGGAUCCAAAGAGCAGCAAACACGACAAGAUGUUUCCUCUUAGGGCGAUGAAGUUUUAUCUUGGUGUAAAAAAGAAAAUGAAACCCCCAACAAGUUGGGGAUUGACUGUGUAUUCUGAAAAACAUCACUGGCACCUGUGUUGUGACAGUUUACAAGCCCAGAUGGAGUGGAUGGCCAGUAUCUUCAUUGCUCAGCAUGAGAAUGAUAUAUGGCCGCCAGCUGGAAAGGAACGGAAACGUUCAAUAACCAAAAAUCCCAAGAUUGGAGGUUUACCUCUGAUUCCUAUCCAACAUGAGAGAAAUGCGACCCAGGCCCGUAAGAAUAUUGAGACGGCCAGAGCAGAGCUUGAAAGGCUGCGGCUGAGUGAAAAGCACGAUCCUCGAGACUUUACGGACUCCAGCUUAAAAGACCGAGCCUCCCUCAUAGCCCACUGCUUGGAGCACAAGGAUGAGAAACUCCGAAAUCGUGCCAGAAAACAUCGCAGUUUCAACUGCCUGGAAGACACCGAGGCAGAGGGCCCACAUGGCCUGCCAAAGGCCUAUAAAGGUCCGAAGACACUGAAGAAGACAGAGGAAAGAAACAGCAAAGCUACCUUAGACGCAGAUCCUAAGCUGCCAUCGAAGGUCAUCGAGGAACUCAGUGUGGUUCUCCAGAGGUCACGACCCCUUCACAAAGAGCUACCGGAUGAACAGACGCUACAGAAAGAAGUAAAAUAAAUCAUUGCACAAGUUAUUUUUUUAACAUUGUAUACAACAUGUGCAGGACAGAAAUCAAGCUGCAAUUCUUGAGUUUCUGUAUCUCGAUCAAUUUGUCUGUAUUUAAGCAAGUUGUUUGUCUAUACCUAAGCAUCAAAAGAGCAUUUUAAAAUAUGUAUAUAUGUGGUUAUGUGUAAGAGCAACUUUAUUUUGGUUUGGAAACUUGUAAAGUUCAAUUGUAUUAACUUUAAUAAGUCUUUGGGUCACUUAAAGUGGCCAGCCCUUUGAAAGUAGAUGUGUAAGUGGGUUAAUUUAUGAGCAGAAAUCUGUACUUUAUUGUAUAAAAUGCUAUGUGUAUAUGAAUCUUAUGAAAUUGUAUCAUAAUUUGCACUUUGAGAGGCUUGAGAGGCUUGUAAAUUAAGUUGUUUUGUGUUUUUAGGUUAAUAUAGGGUCCGUCUUAGGGAGAAGAAAGGGAAGUGAGUUCGAAAAGGGAAUGAUAUUACAGUGGCUGCUUGAUAAACAUUGGGAAGAGAGGCAAGAAAUUAAAAACAUUCCACUACCCAUGGAGGUGGCCUAAUUCACCAAAAAUCAAACCUUUUUAUGGAGAUCCUACUUGUUAAAAAAAAAAAAUUCUGUCUUGAAUGAAACAAAAAUAUUGAUCUGGCCUAUGUUAGUAAUGGCACUGGCUGCUGCCAUUUAUGGUGUCAGUAGAUAAGCCCCAGGGCAUAUUCACUACAUCAGUGCAACUUUUUGUCAGUGUCUGCUCAGAGGAACUUACUCUGCACUGAAGAGUGUGUGCAUGGGCCCAGCACGGAUAUCAUUUGCACUGUUGCUGUAUGCAGGCAGUCCUUUAGGGCUCCAAACUGUAUUUUUGGUACGAAUCAAAUUUAUCACAAUGGGGUCUUUUGCUCUUUUGUUGUUGUUGUUCUAUUUUUUUGUUUCAUUUCUUAAUGUAACAUAAUGUUUACUUCUGCACUGUCAGUAACUGUUGGAAGUGGGCAAUCUGUGGCUACUUAUACAACACAUUUGCAGGCAGGCAGUUCACAUUCCAUUUAACUUUUUCUUUCUAUCUGUGGAAAUGACAGAGCCCUGCAUUUUUUGUUGCCACACAAUGAUUGGGAACAGAUUUGACAAUUUUCAUAACUCAGACUACAUUAGCUUAUAAUAGUUCAUGUUAAAGAUGGCGCUUUUUAUAGAUUGCUUCCAAGUCAAGUUGGUUUGUUGACUCUUACAACUGGAAGUCAUAUAGGUGAUCUUUAUUCUCAACAUUUCUUUGUCCUCUUCUGUAUAUUUUUCCUAUUUAUGACAUGUCUGGUCUAUGAGUUCAAGCCUUUGUUUCACUUAUUCACAGGAAGGCACCAUGCUAUGAAUUACUAGGGCUGACUUCACUCAGAUAUGCUAACCCCAUGUACUUGUUGAAGAUAGCGGAGUUUACCAGGAGUUGGUGGAAUUUAUUCUUUACAUCCAAAUAAAUUGUAAUGGAAAUAAUAAGUAAAACUGCAGGACAGUUUUAGGAUUUGGUGGCACUACCGAAGAUCCUUCCUUCAAAGCAAGAUAUUGUGUUUUGAGGGAAGAAAAGCUUAAUUUUUAGUAAACUUGUUUCUAAUAUGUAAUCAUAUUUAUAUUUUUAUGCUGUAAAGAGUCGUAUGGAACUGAUGUUAUUGGCCUCGUUGAGAAUGUGUCAUGUGCUUUGGCAUACCUUACUGGAAUUCCUCCUGAGAGUUGAGUGUAAAAACUGCUCCCAUCUGUUCCUCUUCUUUUCAUAAACAAUUGUCACAUAAGGGCUAAUGGUUACAUCUCACAUAUUUUGAGUAACAAUUAAAAUAGUUUUACAAGUCCA